UGCAUUUACGCUAAAAAGCAAUCUAGAAGUAGUUUCUUUUUUAAAUAAUCAGCUGUGGCAUGUGGUGUAAAGACAGUUGGUGGCAGGAAUUUAGGAGGAGGGACAUACACGAACUGGGAUAACACCACAACUGGAGCUGGAUAUUUAGCAAAAGCCUACAUUCUAGAUUGCUGUGGGCUUUUGAGUGGAUUCAACGUGGAAAUAGUUGGACUGGGCACAAUAUACCUACAAAUAUGGCGUCAGGCCGGGUCAACAUAUAUACUGGUUCACUCUUCACAAUAUAAUUUCAGUACUGCUGAUGCACUCACAGUUCACUCUCUACCAAUAGAUGCCGCAGAUCAACCAACUAUAUUGGAGAACGACAUGCUAGGAUGGUAUACUAGUGGAACGGACAUGGUACCAUACGACAAUGGAGCAGGAGCUGUAAAUCAGAAUUACCGAGUAGAUGCCGGAUCAGCAUCUGGUCCAACGCCCUUUAAUUCUGGGUCUCUUUUAAAUGGAAGAUCAUAUGCCAUCAAUUUUGUAACCGCUGUUAAUUCAGCACCGUAUUUUACGAACGGAGGUACAAAGGUUUCAUUUUUGGACACAAAAACUGUAUCAUAUCAGAUAACAUUAUACCAGAUGAGUUUUACAGACGACAACAAAGAUGAUACUGCUUUAACAGUUGAAAUGACAAACGCGGCAGACACUACAUUUAUAAGUGACCAAAGACAUCGGAUUAAGUCAGACUCAUCAGACUGGAAAGUUGGAGAGUAUACACUAGAAUACAGCGUGAAGGACCAGUGUUUGAAUGAGGGCACUACAUAUGUAAUGAUUGGUGUUAAAAAUACGGCACCAGAGAUAAAGAAUACUAUGAUAUCUCAUAACAUAAAAGAAAAUAACAAUGACGAAACCCAAAUUAUGUCGCUAACGGUGACAGAUAAACAGACAUACAGGUGUAACCUUGGAACAGUCAGUCCGAAUGAUGGGAUAUUUAUCAUCAAACAACCAACUGGAACUGAUCCUUUUAAUCUUUAUCUGAAGGGUGGUUCAAUGAAAGAUAUAGACUAUGCUGCCAAACCUCAGUAUACAGUUACUGCAGUGUGUACAGAUGACUACGGACUAGCGACAGAAAAAAUAUUUUAUGUCAAUGUUGAGAAAAAUAUUGAACCCGUCAUAGAUGUUUUGCCAAAUGCUGUCAUAUUUGGAUUAGUUGGCGGAGUUACAGGAUUGUUUGUUGUUGUUGCACUCGUCAUUGUGUUCAUCAAGCGAUCGUCGUUUUUUAAGAGGAUCCAGGACAGUACUCAACAGCAACAAGUCUAUCAGGAUCUUAAUCCAGUCAGAGAAGACAUUAAUUCACCAUAUGAUGUAAUGCAUACAAAUAAUUUGCCAAUGAAUGAAAAUGAUAUCGGAUUGGAGAACCAAGUCUAUCAGGAUCUAACUCCAGACAGAGAAGACAAUAAUUCACCAUAUGAUGUUAUGCAUACAAAUACUUCGCCAUUGAAUGAAAAUGAUAUCGGAUUGGAGAACCAAGUCUAUCAGGAUCUAACUCCAGACAGAGAAGACAUUAAUUCACCAUAUGAUGUUAUGCAUAAAAAUAGUUCACCAUUGAAUGAAAAUGAUAUCGGAUUGGAGAACCAAGUCUAUCAGGAUCUAACUCCAGACAGAGAAGACAUUAAUUCACCAUAUGAUGUUAUGCAUAAAAAUAGUUCACCAUUGAAAGAAAAUGAUAUCGGAUUGGAGAACCAAGUCUAUCAGGAUCUAACUCCAGACAGAGAAGAAAACAAUACCCCGUAUGAUGAACUCCACAUUAAAAAUACGUUAUAA